GGGGUGAGGGCGGGGCCGGCGGGUUGCUGCGCACGUGACAGCGCGGGCGCCGCGAGCUGGUGGCGGGAUGGGGCCGCUGUGCGCCGCGACGGGGCUGUCGGUGCUGCUGCUGGCGGCAGGUGUAGUUCUGAGGCAAUCCCAAGAGCCCAAAGAGCUGUGGGGAUAUGUGCAAGUUCGAAAUAAGGCCCACAUGUUCUGGUGGCUCUACUAUGCAAAUAACCCAACCAAAGCCUUCACAGAAUUACCUCUCAUCUUGUGGCUUCAGGGAGGUCCAGGAGCUUCAGGCUGUGGAUUUGGGAACUUUGAAGAGAUUGGUCCAUUAGACAAAGAAAUGAAACCAAGAAAUACAACCUGGUUGCAGGCAGCCAGUAUCUUGUUCGUGGAUAAUCCAGUGGGCACUGGAUUCAGUUAUGUGGAUGAUUGUAGCUUGUUUGCCAAAAACCUUUCCACAGUAGUUUCUGAUAUGAUGGUUUUUCUUGGAGAAUUCUUCACACGUAGAACAGAAUUCCAGACCAUCCCAUUCUACAUAUUUUCUGAAUCUUAUGGAGGUAAAAUGGCAGCUGGCAUUGCUUUAGAGCUGCAUGAGGCUGUUCAAAAAGGGACCAUAAAGUGCAAUUUUAUGGGGACUGCUCUUGGAGACUCAUGGAUUUCUCCUUUGGACUCUGUGCUGUCUUGGGGGCCCUACCUUUACAGCACUUCUCUGCUUGAUGAUAAUGGUCUAGCAGAGGUGACUGCUGUUGCCAAAGAAAUAAUGGAUGCAAUAAAUAAAAAUCAGUAUGGGCUGGCCACUGAGCUCUGGGGCAAGGCUGAAGAUGUCAUUGAAGAGAACACAGACAAUGUGAACUUUUAUAACAUCAUGAAUAAGGAGGUUCCAGAAAUGAAAUCAAGUGAACACGAAAAUCUCCAUCUCGUAGGACUUUACCAACGCCAUGUCAGAAAUAUGCAUAAGGACAGCCUAGAUGAAUUGAUGAAUGGACCCAUCAGAAAGAAGUUAAAAAUUAUUCCUGACUGUGUGAAAUGGGGAGGUCAGUCCAGGGAUGUCUUUGAGAACAUGGCUGAGGACUUCAUGAAACCUGUCAUUGAUAUUGUUGAUCAGCUUUUGGCAGCCAGCGUCAAUGUUACAGUCUAUAAUGGGCAGCUGGAUCUCAUUGUUGACACCAUGGGCCAGGAGGCAUGGAUCCGGAAACUGAAGUGGCCUAAUUUGGACCAGUUCAGCAAGCAAAGGUGGAAGGCACUCUAUGUGUCUCCAGAAUCCACUGAGACAGCUGCUUUCCACAAGGCCUAUGAGAACUUCGCUUUCUUCUGGAUUCUUAAGGCUGGGCACAUGGUACCGUCUGAUCAAGGAGAGAUGGCACUGAAAAUGGUCAGGAUGGUGACCCAACAGCAGCACUAGGGAAGGGGAGGCCAGCUGGUAUGGCGUCCUGCCGAAUGUCAGUGCUCUUGCAGAAUGCGAGUCCAGAAUAAUGAGCUGCAGGAGGAACAAUGGCUAUUUGGACACAUAGCCUCUCUGAUUUUGCUGAUAAUGUGCGCAAGCAUUUAUGGAAAGGCAUUUUUUUCCUUGAAUGAAUUGAAUUUGUAAGCUGUGAUUUGCUGCCUUAACACUGUUCAUAGUGACUCUUCCAGAGGGAAGUCCACUGUCAUAAACAACUAGCUCUGAGCCUUUGCCUUUGACUUGGAAGGAUUUUGUGCUUUUGUAAAAAGCUGCCCUUCCUUGAAUGCUCUCUUGUCUGUUCACACACCAAGACUAAAACUGAUUUGAGUCCUGAUAGAUUUGCUGUUUGUUCCUCUCAGAGAGCUAACCUGUUUCAUGAGGCCGUGAAAUGUUCCUUCCUUUGUCCUUAGGCCUCUGCUUGAGUCACCUGGCUGGAUUACAAGCUGAAGACAUGGAGAUGCCAGGAUAGAGGACCUGCCCUAGAGGAAUUACGGUCCAUCUCAUCUUGCUGAGAUGCCUUAGUUAGGAUCCGAGAUUCUUCAGGCUUCCUAUGCUAUGGAGAACUGCCCUGCCCCCCCCCCCAACCGCCGCCACCCCCAGAGGAGGAUUUGAUCUUUUUCAUCUGACCAUUUGUUUCUUGUUUUCAUUCUCUUUAAUGACCGUUACUCAAACUUUGCCUUUAGCCUUAACACCUAAAGCACAUCCAGCAGGAAUUCCUGCUUUCCUGUAUGCUGAAGCAGGAGCCCUGUUAAUACCCUCUUCUUGUACAGAAGAGAGUCCUAAUGAACAGAAUCCUCUUAAACCUUCUGAGCUUAGCCUGGAGAGUGGAAAGGAGAGCAUUGUUUGAGCAAUAAUAGCAUAACUCUGAAAGACAAUAGCAGUGUUUAAAAGAAGGAUAUAAAAGCUAGAACCAAUACCUUGAUCCAUAUUUUUCUAGAGCUUUUUUAAGUCUUGCAGAGACCUAUUAUUUUGAAACUUUUUUUUUUUUUUAUAUAGUACACAGUCAAGAGGAGAUCUGGUCAGACAUCAUUUGACUUCUGCUAUGGAGCACAAAGUGACAGUUGCUUAUUGGUGUCUGAUAGGAGGCACAACAGCUUGUUCCAGCUGUCAGAAUCCUAAAUAAAUAGUAACCACUCAAUUACUCCAGCAACUGAAACUGUCGUGAAAUGUCUGAUAGUGUUGGCUUAGCAAGGACUGAGGCAUAAUGCUAUGUAAACACAUAUGCAAUCACCCAGCAGCUGGAGUAUUGGCAUCUAAUAAUUGCUUUCCUUUUUCAUGUUCUCUGCUUGAACUGUAUUCUUCAGAACUUUAGCAAUGCAAGUCCAGAUUUUUCUUUUAAACACGUUUUUCAAUAAAUGCAAUAGGUCUAAUACA